AUGAUGGGAUCUGUUGGCCUGAAAGGGUCCAGCGCAGCCGCUGCCCUUGCACGUCAGAGAAUGACCGCCAUGUCCCGGUCCUCUCGAUCUAUGUCCACCUUGCGGUCACAAAGCAUGCGAUUCCCUAGCCAGCGGGGCCAAUUGAAGUCAGCAUUAUCCGGAAGCGCUCCCUGGCGCAUGACACCAGCCAUUGCCGGCCCGGCUGCAGUCAGAUUCAAUUCCACCUCCUCCGACACAGUACUCCCCGAAUUUGCUUUCGAUGGCACUUUGAAAAAUGCUGUCAACCUAAACGAUAUUACCACCAUUCCGGAGGGCAUUGGGUAUCUUAAGGAGCUUGGGCUGAACUUUGGAUGGGGCUUUACGUCGACGAUGCAAUGGCUUAUCGAGCACACUCAUAUCUGGACCGGCAUGCCAUGGUGGGCUAGUAUUGUGGCUGUUGGUCUUCUGACUCGUUUAGCAAUGCUAAAGCCAGUCAUUGGCGCAUCCGAGAACGCAGCAAGAAUGACCAACGCCAAACCCAAGAGUGAACCCCUCCGACAAAGAAUGGUCGCUGCCUCGGCCUCAGGGAACAACCAGGAGGCCCAGGUUGUGCGGGGCGAGCUCCAGAAGAUCAACGCUGAGUUCGGUAUUAAGACAUGGAAGUCAUUUGUCCCCAUGUUGCAAAUUCCACUUGGUUUCGGAUGCUUCCGAGUCGUGCGAGCAAUGACUUCGUUGCCAGUGCCUGCCAUGACCACAGAGUCAGUGGCGUGGAUUAAGGACCUGACCAUUUCUGAUCCCACUUACGUUCUGCCUAUGAUCGCCGCAGGCACACUUUGCCUGUCUCUGAGGAAAGGUGGUGAAUCGGGCGCAAUGCCCAUGAUGCAAACAGAUGCAGGAAAGUACAUCAUCUAUGGUUUCCCUGUCAUGUCCUUUAUCUUCAUGGCAUUCAUGCCCAGUGCCCUACAGCUCUACUUUGUUGCAAGUGGUCUUUUCGGCCUGGGUCAAACAUACUUGAUCAACUCGGAUUCCUUCCGGAGAUGGAUGGACCUGUCGAUCGCUAAGAAGCCGUCCGAUGCGAAGUUCUCCGCAAUUACUAAAAACACCGGAAGCAAGGGUCUUCGCAACCUGCUGGAACGUCUUGAGAAGGAAAAAGCCAUCCAUGAGAAAGCACGCCUGGAGCGUCCUGCGCCAUCUGCACAGGAAGGUGUGAAAAUUAGCUUCAUUGACCGCAUUUACAAGAAAUUCGGAAAAGCCGGCACCGGUCUCUCUAAAUCAGUCUCACAAUCCUUCGGCACUGCCACAUUCGAGGAACGUCUUGCCAAGGACAAGAAGAAGCGCGCGGAUGAAUACGAACAGCAGCGCAAAGAGGAGGAUCAGCUCCUACGGAACCAGCGUAACGAAGCUCGCCGCAAGGAACACAUGCAAACCCUGGAGAACGAAAGGACCAAGGCCAGCAAUUCUUUGAAGAAUAGCCAGUCAGCUGGUCGCAAAUCUCCCGGGCGGCGUGGCUCUCCCCGUGCAUGA